GAAAAUUAGUUUUAUUUUCGGGAAAUCAAACACACACACACACUAUCCCCAUUUAUGAACUCCAGAAAGCAGUUGAGGUUCUCGAUAUAAUCGAGAAAAUAUUUCCCCUUUCCAGUUAAAUUAGGGUUCAUCUUGUUUUUUUCCUUUUGUUUUUUUAACUUUUUUUUUUAAUAUUUAGGGGAAAUUUGUUUAACGACAGUUGACCUAAUCAUCUUUCUUUACAUAUGAAGAAAAACUCCCCCAAUUUCUCAGUCUCUGACAUCAAUAAAUUAUAAACCCACAAACGCACACAUAAUCUAUCCGCAGAUUUAGAGAGAGAAAAAAAAAUAUAUAUUUUUAAUUAGAGAGAGAGAGAAGAAAAUGGGCAAUUCAUUUGGGUGCUCUGCCUCAGGUGAGAGAUUGGUAUCAGCUGCAAGAGAUGGUGAUUUUGUUGAAGCCAAAAUGCUUUUGAAUUGCAAUCCAUGCCUUGCAAAGUACUCUACCUUUGGCGGAUUGAACUCUCCUCUUCAUUUUGCUGCUGCUAAAGGCCACAAUGAGAUUGUGGCAUUGUUGCUGGAGAAUGGAGCUGAUGUGAAUUCGAGAAAUUAUUGUGGGCAGACAGCGUUAAUGCAAGCGUGUCGAUACGGGCACUGGGAAGUUGUUCAAACACUUCUUCUUUUUAGAUGCAACGUUAUUAGAGCGGAUUAUCUUAGUGGGAGAACCGCUCUCCAUUUUGCAGCUGUCAAUGGACACGUGAGAUGUAUGAGAUUAGUUGUUGCUGAUUUUGUUCCGAGUGCUCCAUACGGUUCUCUGAAUGCUCAAACUAGUGACACAAACGAUGCUCCUAAUACCAAAAGCAAGUUUGAACAGAGUGCCCUGUCCAAGUUCGUGAACAAGGCGGCUGAUAAUGGUAUCACCGCUCUUCAUAUGGCUGCCCUGAACGGAUACUUUGACUGCGUACAGCUCCUACUCGAUCUUCACGCAAAUGUAUUAUCUGUCACAUUCCAUUACGGAACAUCAAUGGAUUUGAUAGGAGCUGGAAGCACUCCUCUGCAUUACGCUGCUUGUGGAGGAAAUCUAAAGUGCUGCCAGAUCCUUCUUGCAAGAGGUGCUAGUCGUUUAUCUUUAAACUGCAACGGAUGGCUUCCACUUGAUGUAGCAAGGAUGUGGGGCCGUCAUUGGCUUGAGCCCCUGCUUCAACCUAAUUCCGAUUUGCCGAUUCCGAUUUUUCCACCUUCUAAUUAUUUAUCCCUGCCUCUCAUGAGUGUGCUAAAUAUAGCAAGAGACUGCGGGCUGCAAUUCCCAGCUAGUGCUUCUGAUGAUGCUGAUAUUUGUGCUGUUUGCUUGGAGAGAGCUUGUACUGUAGCUUCUCAAGGAUGUGGGCACGAACUCUGUGUGAGAUGCGCUCUGUACCUUUGCUCGACCAGCAAUAUUCCAUCUGAGUCAUCAACGCCACCUGGCACAAUCCCAUGCCCUCUCUGUCGGCACGGGAUCGUGUGUUUUCUCAAACUGCCCGGUUCUUCAACAAAGGAAAUUAAGUUACCUCUAUCGCUCAGCCUAUGCACACCAUGCAUGCUUCACCACAGAGAACAAGACACAUUCGAAACUGCCACCUCAUCACCCGACAAUACUAUUACACGAAAGAAACGCACAGUGGAUUCUAUUUCAUCAGACAUUUUCUGCCCAGUCACUUGCAGCCCGUUUCCUUCCGUUUCACUCCCGUUAUGCACCUGCACCGAAGGUCCCUGCCCUAAUUUCGAUUCGGGUGAAAGUGGGGCCCACCAAGAUUCUCCCGAUCGUCCGCAAUCCACGGCAGCUGGCGAACAGGGGAAGAUCGAAGGGGUGAGAUUGGAGAAAACAACAUGCUCGAAUAUGUUUUGGGGAAGAAGAAGCUGCAGCAGAGAGAAUCAGUGCAACGCUGAGAUUAAUGCAUGAAGCGAUGAUUCUUUAGUAAAAAAAAUGUCGAAUUAGUUUUAAAAAAAAGUAGGGCUUGCGGUUACAUAGCAUACACGAGUAUAUUCGGAAGGUGGGUUUGCUUUCUUGCAAUUCGGUUUCUCGUCCACUCAAAUAACUACUAUAUAUAUGUAUGUUUGCAGCUUGUUGAUAGUUUCUUGAAUUAUAUGAUGUAUAUUUUCAUGGUUGCUUUUAGAUAUAUAUGUGAAGGAGCUUGUAAAAAAAUCUGUAUUUUUUUCAUUUCUUCAUGAAAGUGAUUUGAUUAAUUA